AUGGGGAGGAAAGGGAAAAGGGGCUCAAGGAUACUACAGACAAGUAAGGGGAAAGGACGGGGAGUAAAGGGGAAAAGGGGCUCAAGGAUACUACAGACAAGGGGGAAGAGAGGGAGGAAAGGGGAAAAGGGGCUCAAGGAUACUACAGACAAACAAGUAAGGGGAAGGAGGGAGGAAAAGGGGAAAAGGGGCUCAAGGAUACUACAGACAAGUAAGGGGGAAGGAGGGGGAGGAAAAUGGAAAAGGGGCUCAAGGAUACUACAGACAAGUAAGGGGAAGGAAGGGGAGGAAAGGGGAAAAGGGGCUCAAGGAUAUAACAUACAAAGGAGAGGACUAAAGGGGAAACAAGCUCAAGGGGGAAAGGAGGGGGAGGAAAGGGGAAAAGGGGCUCAAGGAUACUACAGACAAGUAAGGGGAAAGGACGGGGAGGAAAGGGGAAAAGGGGCUCAAGGAUACUACAGACAAAGGGGUAAGGGGAAAAGGGGCUCAAGGAUACUACAGACAAGUAAGGGGGAGGAGGUUAAAGGGGAAAAGGGGCUCAAGGAUACUACAAACAAGGGGGAAGAGAGGGAGGAAAGGGGAAAAGGGGCUCAAGGAUACUACAGACAUGUAAGGGGGAAGGAAAGGGGAAAAGGGGCUCAAGGAUACUACAGACAAGUAAGGAGGAAAGGAAAGGGGAAAAGGGGCUCAAGGAUACUACAGACAAGUAAGGGGAAAGGAGUGGGGAGAAAAUGGGAAAAUGGGCUCAAGGAUACUACAGACAAGUUAGGGGAAGGAAGGGGAGGAAAGGGGAAAAGGGACUCAAGGAUACUACAGACAAGUAAGGGGAAGGAAGGGGAGGAAAGGGGAAAAGUGACUCAAGGAUACUACAGACAAGUAAGGGGGAAGGAGGGGGAGGAAAGGGGAAAAGGGGCUCAAGGAUACUUCAGACAAGUAAGGGGGAAGGAGGGGGAGGAAAGGGGAAAAGGGACUCAAGGAUACUACAGACAAGUAAGGGGGAAGGAGGGGGAGGAAAGGGGAAAAGGGACUCAAGGAUACUACAGACAAGUAAGGGGGAAGGAGGGGGAGGAAAGGGGAAAAGGGGCUCAAGGAUACUACAGACAAGUAAGGGGGAAGGAGGGGGAGGAAAGGGGAAAAGGGGCUCAAGGAUACUACAGACAAGUAGGGGAAGGAGGGGGAGGAAAGGGGAAAAGGGGCUCAAGGAUACUACAGACAAGUAAGGGGGAAGGAGGGGGAGGAAAGGGGAAAAGGGGCUCAAGGAUACUACAGACAAGUAAGGGGGAAGGACGGGGAGGAAAGGGGAAAAGGGGCUCAAGGAUACUACACAAGACAGGUUAG